GAAUGGAACUUUGUGAAAUGUAGUGAGCUUUGGAACAUACCUCAAGAUACAACAGAUAUCUUGCCCGCGUUGAGAUUGAGCUACCUUAAUCUUCCGGUAGAGUUGAGAGGUUGUUUUGCAUAUUGUGCAGUAUUUCCCAAGGGAUCUAAAAUUAAAAAAGAAGAGGUAAUACAUUUGUGGAUGGCAAAUGGAUUGAUUUCAUCUAAUGGAACGAUGGAAGUGGAAGAUGUUGGUGCUGCUGCGGUGACUGAACUACAUCAUAGAUCACUGUUCCAAGCCAUAGAGAAAGAUGAAUUUGGCAGUGCCCUCACUUUUAAGAUGCAUGACCUUGUCCAUGAUCUGGCUCGAUCAGUAAUGGAGGCUAAACACGGUGGAACAGAGUCAAACAGAACCAUGAUAUUUGGUAUGCCAGAUGAUCAGCUAACAGUGGCUUUUCCUAUUACAAUCACAGGCAUUGACCAGUUUUCUUCUUUCUUGUCAAAAUGUGGUUCCCUGAGGCGCUCACUGUAAGGUCACCGUGGUGGAGAGUAAACCUUACGAAGUUUACAGAGCUGCCACCUGCAAUAAGCAAACUGAAACAUUUAAGGCAUCUAGAUCUUUCAAGUUCUUUAAUUGUUGAACUACCCAAUUCAAUUUGUGACUUGUGGAAUUUGCAAAUUUUAAACCUGAAUGGUUGUCGCGAACUUCGGUGCCUGCCCAAAGGCAUGAGAUUCCUCAGAAAUCUGCGACAUCUUUGCCUACAGGGGUGCUGGCAUUUGAAACACAUACCAAGUGGAAUUGGGAAGCUGACUUGCCUACGGACGUUGAGUAUAGUCGUCCUGGGUGGCAAAAGAGGCUUCCAACUGAGUGAGUUGCGAGACUUAAAUAUGCUUGAAGGAUGGCUAUUAAUUAGGCACCUUGAGAGGGUUAAACACAAAAAGCAUGCAGAAGAAGCUUGCUUAAUUAAAAAACAGGGAGUCCGCUGGUUGAAUUUGGAAUGGGAUUCCGAAAGAAUGUUUCAACAGUACAAUGAUGAGGAAGUGCUCGAAGCCUCAAACCCUGCCCCAACCUUCAAUCGCUGCACAUGAUAGGCUUCAAAGGUUCUUCAUCAUUUCCAUCUUGGAUUUCAACUGUAACAAAUGUUCAUGUGUACAACGGUGCAACGGAGUACAUAGUUGGGGCCCAGAAAGUACUACCGCUGCUGCUGCAACGUCCCCAUCAUUGAAAACACUGCAAUUAUGGAAGAUGCCCAACCUAAAAGGAAUGUUAGGAAGAGAGGUCCAAGGUACUGCUAGUACUCCAGGAGUAUUCUCUCAACUUCAAUCCUUGUCUUUUGGCGGUUGCCCAACGUUGACAUUGCCAUUGCCACGUAUGCCUUCCCUGAAGGAGCUACGCGUCAACGGCUGCCCGAACAUGGCAUGGGCUUCAAUCUCCAAUCUCACUAGUCUUAAUUCCCUUAAAAUUGAGUGGAUUAAAGGAUUGAGUUGUUUUCCAGAAGAGAUGCUGCAAAAUCUUAGUCUUCUUGAAUCCCUGGAAAUUAGGGAGACGAAGGAUCUGCGAGCCUUACCCAGAAGCUUGGCUAGCCUCACGGCUUUGAAGGAAUUGACCAUCCAGAACUCUCCCAAGCUGGAGUCUCUGCCAGAAGAAGGAUUGCGAGGCCUUGCUUCUUUGCAGGAACUCCAUAUCGAAGACUGCUCUAAUUUGGUGAGUCUCUCAAUGGGGACUAAAGCCCUCAGAUCCCUGACUCGUCUACGCAUCCAGGGGUCAUACGCGACAGCUCUGCCAGAGGAAGUCAAACAUUUAGCCACGCUACAAGUACUGGAGCUGAUUGAUUUUCCCAAUCUAACUUCAUUGCCAGACUGGUUUGGAGACCACCUCACUUCUCUUCAGGACCUGACACUAUCCCUUUGUCCGAAGCUUGAAACACUUCCAUCCAGCAUUCAAAUGAUGACGACACUCCAAAUUUUGACUAUAGAUGAAUGCGACCUACUGGAACCACGGUGUGAAAGGGGAGGAGUGGAAUGGCACAAAAUUAAGCACAUCCCGGACCUACUUAUGUGAUAUGGCACCUAACUAGGUACAUCUCGGACGAUUAGGUACAAAAUUAGGAUUCGGCAAUACAAUUAAUAUAUUCAUGUAUUACGUAAUAAAGUAUUUGUGUACUGUCUUGUAAGUGUGGAGAAGACCAACACUAGUACCUAAUUGAUACCAUGCCUAGUUGAUAUGAAUUUAGUCAUUUGCUAGAGCUUGGAUUAAAUGAAGAAGAUAUUUGGGAUUUCA